AUGCGCUGCCAAAUGACUGGUUUCGAGAAGCAUCCAGUAACUGCUACUGAUGGAGAUAAGGAUAGACCUCAGAAUAUUGUAUAUUUCCUGACAGGCCAAGGAAUCGAUCCCGAUAAUCCUGCUAACAGCAAAUUCGACAUCAACAGGACCACUGGGGAAAUAUUCGUAUUAAAGCCCCUGGACCGGGAUCAACCGAACGGUAGACCGCAAUGGCGGUUCACCGUGUUUGCUCAGGACGAAGGAGGAGAAGGGCUUGUGGGUUACGCCGACGUCCAAGUUAAUCUAAAAGAUAUCAACGACAACGCUCCCAUAUUCCGCAAGGAGUGUAUUUUGGAAACGUAA